ACGAGAGGACUAUUGUACAUUCUCUUCACUGCACUCAGAGGAUACGCAUCAAAAGCAGGACUAGCCCUCUACCCAUAAGCACUGAGGUACGGCGUGUGGCUGGAGAAAGAACUAUGAGGGUGCGCUGCAGAACAUUGUAACUUUGGAAGAUAGGAUCAUCAUCACUUGUAAGACACCCUAAGAGCCGGAAAGAUGAGGACUUGGAUUGUGGUUCUUCUUUGGGCGUGCAUGCACCUGAGCGUGGAUGCAAUUUCUCUGUCGAGAGGACCGGUUCGAAGAAAAAUCAAAGAACUUGAGGCGGGAAAACAGAAAGGCACAGAGAUGCUAAGACGGUCCAAGCGAGGCUGGAUGUGGAAGCAGUUUUUUCUACAGGAGGAAUACACAGGAGCGGACUCUCAGUACAUCGGCAAGCUUCACUCAGAUGUGGAUAAAGGAGACGGCACGGUGAUGUACGUUCUCGCGGGUGAAGGUGCGGGGACGAUCUUCGUGAUAGAUGCCAACUCAGGAGAUCUGCAUGCUACCAGGAAACUCGAUAGGGAGGAGAAACCUUUCUACAGUCUCCGAGCUCAGGCUGUCAGCAAGAAGAACGGCCUUCCCCUAGAGCCGGAGACAGAGUUUAUUGUAAAACUACAUGACAUCAAUGACAAUGAACCCAAGUUUGACAAGGAGGUUUACACAGCGUCUGUGCCUGAGAGGUCACACAUUGGCACAUAUGUCACUCAAGUCACCGCCGAGGAUGCAGAUGACGAAAUGUUUGGCCUCAGUGCAAAGCUCACCUACAGCAUCAGCCACGGUCACCCAUACUUCUCAGUAGAGCCAAAUACAGGCAUAAUCCGGACAGCUCUGGGGCCUUCCGACAUGGACAGAGAGCAGAGGGAACACUACCAUGUGGUGAUCGAAGCCAAGGACAUGGCCGGCCAAAAGGGAGGGUUAAUAGGCACCACCACGGUCAACAUUAGCUUAACUGAUGUCAACGAUAACCCUCCCCAUUUUACGAAAAGUAUAUAUCAGUUCAACGUUCCAGAGCUCACUGAAAUUGGAAAACCAGUCGGCACUGUCCGAGCUGUGGAUGCCGACGUCGGCAGAAAUGCGGAGAUGGACUACACCGUGGUUGGUGGAGAUGGCCUGGACGUGUUUGACAUCAUCACUGACACAAAGACCCAAGAAGGCGUACUUAUUGUAAAGAAGCCUCUUGACUAUGAGAAGAAAAAGUCGUACACGCUCCAGAUCCAGGUGCAAAACACGCAUCCGGACCCGCGCUUUCUGAGUCUGACCGAUAAAGAGAUGGCCACAGUCAGGAUCAGCGUUGAAGAUGUGGAUGAGCCCCCUCAAUUUGAAAAGUCCAGUUAUAUAUUCAAGGUGAAGGAGGACACAGCUGUGGGAACCUUCAUGGGGUCCAUCAGUGCCGUGGACCCUGACAUACAGCGCAGCCCGGUCAAGUAUACUAUUGAUCGCCACACAGAUGUGGACUGGAUUUUCGGCAUCUAUGCUGGGAAUGGAUCUAUAUUCCUGAAAAAGCCUCUGGACAGAGAAGAAUUUUCCUGGCACAAUAUCUCUGUGAUCGCAACCGAGUUCAAUGAUCCUCAGCAGAGCAGCCGAGUGCCUGUGUACAUCCGUGUACUGGAUGUCAACGAUAACCCCCCCAAGCUCGCGUCAUUCUACGAGACCUUCGUCUGUGAAAACGCCAAGGCCGGUCAGAAAAUCCAAACAAUAAGUGCAGUGGAUCGAGAUGACCCAGCGGGUGGACAUCGGUUCUUUUUCAACUUGGCACCGGAGAGCUCAGUGCGAGCAAACUUCUCAGUGCGAGAUAAUGGAGAUAACACAGCUGGGAUCUUAACACGGCGGAGCGGAUUUGCCCGAAUGCACAAAAACACCCAUCUAGUGCACGUGGUGAUUUCAGACGGUGAACUUCCCAUCCAGAGCAGCACCGGCACGCUCACGAUUCGGGUGUGCACGUGCGAUCGAGACGGCAACAUGGAGAUGUGUAAUGCCGAGGCUCUGACGAGCGCUGCGGGACUCAGCACUGGGGCGCUGGUGGCCAUCCUCCUCUGCAUCCUUAUACUUCUGUUGAUCGUGGUGCUAUUUGCUGCGCUGAAACGUCAAAAGAAAAAGGAGCCCCUGAUCAUCUCCAAGGAGGAUGUGAGAGACAACGUGGUCAGCUACAACGACGAGGGCGGCGGCGAGGAAGACACCCAGGCUUUCGACAUCGGAGCGCUCCGCCACCCGGAAGUGAUGGAGGACAACAAACUGAGGCGGGACAUCCUCCCUUCCGAGUCGCUAUACCCCCCGCCGCCACUUCGCAGGACCGCCAUUCCGUCUCGAGACAACGCAGAUGUGCGGGAAUUCAUCAACCAGCGCGUGCAGGAAAACGACGGAAACCCUACAGCUCCCCCUUAUGACUCUCUGGCCACCUACGCGUACGAAGGUAACGGGUCGGUGGCGGAGUCGCUGAGCUCUCUGGGGUCCGUAUCCUCGGAUGGGAAGCAGGACUACAAUUACCUCAGCGAGUGGGGGCCGCGCUUUAGGAAGUUAGCGGACAUGUACGGUGGGGAGGACAGUGACUGGGACUCCUAAUGAACAUGUGGCGUCACAUAGAGCGAGACUCACUUGCCGAUCUGCCUGUAACUGAAGACUGCCGUGUCAGAAUGAGGCAGCCUAAUUUCUUUUACAAAGUGCCCUUUUAUCCUUUUCUUCAUUCUACAAUCAGGCGGUCGGUUUCCCUGUCCUGAUUAUCUGUGCAUUUUCUCUGCAAGGCAGAUGCGUAAAAGCAGAACUUUAAGUGUUGUGCGUGGGACAUAUACAGUACGUACGCAGAGUGCUCGCAAUGCUCUCUUGCACUCAUCAGAACGCGAUGACAUCUUUCGGCAUAAUCCUAGAUUGUUCUGGAGAUGUCUGCACUCUGUGUUCGCAUCUGUAACCGUCACCGAAGCGUUCUUUUGAAAAGCCUACAAUCUGUCACAGAACUGCUUAUCAGACACUGCUGCAAAGAGAACAGUUUAUCAGACUCGAACACUUAAAAUGUGAACUUCAGCAGGCAUGGAUAAAACUUCAAGCAGGAUUUACUUAUUGAAAGUAAUAAAACAAAGGCCGAACUUCAGCCUGUUAGCUCAUCAUCAGACCUCAAUGCGAAGCGCGGCGGCCGUGCAGCUCAGAAUCAAAAAUUUGAAGAUCAGAGGAGUUGUCUAAUAACUGGAAGGGAAUUCUGAAACCCUUAUUAUUAUACGUUCGCAUAAUUUUACUAAUCUACUUACGCACUCAAGAAAGGAUGCGUUGUCCUGUAGUCAGAAUGAAGACAGAUUGUUUGAAGCCCAUGUAGACCGUGUAGAAAAUGGGUCAGAGAACAUUUCAUGGUUGGCACUGAUUUUCAUCAUCCACAUUAAAAAGAAAUGCCAGAAGCUUACAAUUAUCUGCGAUGUCAUUGGACCUAAAUGUGUUUUGCUUGAUUUCUGGCACACGUUUUGUUGGUCUCGGAACGAUUUAGUAUUACCUUCUCAUGAGAGCCGCAUAUUCACACAGCCCCUUAAUGGUAUGCUGCAAAACUUACAUUCCAUACAAUUAGUUGCGUAAGCGUUUUUUUCUCACAUUUCAUCCUUCAGAAUCUUGAGAUCAAAUGUAAUGCAUUUAAGGACAGAAUAGACUGAAGGUUUGAACACGUAUAUAUAGCCUUUGUGAUUUAGUCUGUAAACUGGAGGAGGAAAACUGCAAAAUUAAUCAACAGUUUUAAGGUUUAAUUUUCACCUCCGACAACCUUCUUUCAAUAGAGAGCAUCAAAAAACUAUAAAAGCUCAGUUGAUUUGUUCCUCGGCUGUCUGAUAACCUAACCACAACAGUGAAGUAUUGAGGUAUGAGUCGAAAUCUAAAGUAAAUCAUUUUGCCAUGAUUGCGCCCUCUCCUCAAACCACAAAAUGAGUCUGAGAUUGCGUUCACCUCUUUGGAAAGGAGGGGAGGUGAGGAGAGCCUGUUUCUUAAGCGUGCAUAGUGCUUGAGCUGGUAAAUAUUUGUGUUUUUAGGAGCAGAAUUCUGAUAUCUCUGUCC